ACAGGGAGACUGAGCAUGAGCAAACUCAGAAGACAUGACACGGAAGUUUAAUCGGAAAGGAGGAGGAAGUAGUGAAACCUGAUGUCGUAGGGGACAAUAAGGGGACAAAAUAAAGCUAGCGUGUCAAAAAAAACCCUACAGGGAAGGGGUCGUUGAGAAGCAGGAGAAGUCCUCGCUACACUGUGCUGUUAGAGGAUUUGCCUGGAAACUUGUUUUCUUUUUAUAGUGUGUGCUGGGUCCAGAUAUCCAAAGAGCCUUUUCUUUGAAACAGUGGCUUACGUGUAAAUGUUGCAAUGUACUUCAUGAGAGAGGAGCUGAUCCUUCGUGCUUGGGCUUCUGUCUCUGGGCAGCAAUGAGAGAGGAGAAAUGGAAGCUCGAGAUACUGCUGUUGUGGAAACGCUGCAAGAAGAGGAAAAAGGAGAGAUAGAGGCUCCUGAGAGAACAGAACGAUGGUGGUGCCUGCUGCCCAGAAGAAAACAUUCUGACCCUGGACCACACGGUCUUCCAGCAGCAAGAGCCAGUAGGAGGAAGGGAGCAAUGCCAUGGAGCCAACUCUAUUUUUGUUCUAAAAUCUGUUCAUCACUCAGAAACUUACAUAUCAUUAUUUGUAUCCUCCUCCUUCUUAUCAUCAUCAUCAUCAUCAUCAUCAUCUUCCUCAUUGUUACACGGCAACCAGCAUCGUCAAAGACAACUGAUGAUGUGUGCCCUCAUAUGGAUGUUCCUGUGCUGUAUGGUCCAGCAUGCCCAACUGAUUGGAUUGGCUAUGAAAGGAAUUGCUACUUUUUCUCAGAGGAAGAAAGAAACUGGACUUUUGGGCAGAGCUUUUGCAGUUCCCUUGGCUCCUUCCUGGCAGUUAUUGAAAGUGAGCCAGAAAAGGUGUUCAUACUGCGCUACAAGGGCAAAGCUGAUCACUGGAUUGGCCUCAAGAAGGAUUCCAACCAAGCCUGGAAAUGGGCAGAUGGGACAGAAUUCAACAACACGAUGGGCAGAAGGAAUUGCUCAGGAGCUGCUCUCCCUGCUUCAGUCCCGGCUUCAAAGAGACGCUCCAAGCUGCUGAAGUUGGACUCUUUCCGGCCAUCUGUUGGAGGUUCAAGGAGGAGGAGGAGACUGUGCUUUUCUGAGCACCGAUAUUGCCAUUGCCUCCCUUUGCCACAUACCAAGAAAUUGGAUCUGUAGUCAGCCCGAUGCUUAUGCCAGGAAUAAGAACACUACAGGAAGAGAGUGACACACCAAGGGAGUUUGCCACAAUGUGGCCUUUUACCUCUAGCUGGAAUGGCAGCAGAGUCGUUGUGGAUAUUAAAUUAAAACUUCACACAGGAGCUCUAUUUGAGAGGCAUCAUUCCCUCUGGACUUGUUCAGUCGGAGAUGGUUGCUACUUCCAACAGUUGCCACAGUGUCUUGACUUAGAUUGAGAAAGCAACUUUCUUACAUAUCCAUCGAGAUAA